ACUGGACAACAAUUCGCGAUAGACGCUUUGAAAUCAUCAAGGUUCUGAUUCCGCUCUGAGGCUUCUGGCCACCCGCACGACACCGAAACUGCUCCACUCCGUCUCAGUGACUUUCGUGCGGCGGGACUGUGGAGUGGCAAUGGGACGGCACCAACAGCCAGCAGGCCAAGUUGAAAUGAGUGACCUCAAAGAACGGAUUGUGGAUGUCUCUCAGAAUGUAUCACAACUUAAGCACCGAGUUUAUGAUUACAUGAAGACUAAAUUCAUUGACUUUGAUCCAUUACUUAAAAAAUCUAUGAGUUUCCUUGAUAAGGCUGUGAGGAUGUCAGACGAAAUCAACAACUUGUUUAACCGCAUUGAGUUUCAGACAAAAUGUGAUCUGGCGAACUCAACUGGAGAAUUACGCAAUCUUCAUGUUUCUCUGAAAGAAGCUUCAGCGGUGUUGUCAAUCACCACAGAACUACUUCAAAUGGAAUCUGCUAUGAAAGAUGUCGAAGAUGCUUGCAAAGAUGGUCAGUUUGUCGAUGCUGCUAAAUCUAUACAAUCAUUUAAGGAAUUGGUGAAAAACUCUUGCAAAGAAACCCGACAACUUGACAUUUAUCAAUCAUUGAUAAGAGAGUUCACAUCAAUAGUAGCAAAAUUCUGCAAAGAAAAUACUGACAAGCUCUACUUAUUUAUUUCAUGGGAAACGACAGAUGCUGCAACCAAUACUCUCAAAUCUACUAUUAAGAUAAAGUCUAGCUGCUUCAGCGAAUUGCAAGAGGUUCUUCAAGCUCUCCACCUUCUUGAAGAGCUGUACCCAUGGAUGAAUAAAUUUAGAAAUUUUCUCACGCGCUCUAUCCUUUUCCCACUUAUUAAUAAUGAAGGGUCUGUUAAUAUUGAGGAUGGAGAAUUGUACAGUACAAUUCAGGUUUCAAUUAAAAUGACAUCUAGGAAGCCAAAUUAUCUAUCUACUUUAGACAAUCUCACCAAGUGCUUUGAAUUCCUGCAUGGUGAGCUUGAUAUGCAAUUUGAAAAUGACAAGUCAUUUAUAAGUUUAUUGGGUGCUGGUUCUUCAGAAGAAUUCAUAGACCAUCUGAUAAAGAAAUGCUUAAAGGAAACUGUACCAAGUUCCAGUGCAGAGCUUAAAAACUUCACCGGCAUCCGAGAACGUGUAGCUGCUUUCAACAACUACAUGGUUGGAAUUGAAUUCCUAUCAGAAGAAAACCAUAGUCUUGUGGACUAUGUUCAAAAUUUUGAUGCAUUGUGUGCUAAUAAAACAUGUGAAAAUUAUUUAAAAAUUGCCCGAGAUAUCAUGAAGAAAGACCUUCAAGACAUGGUUGAAGUGGGACCUCAGACUCCUGCUGUGGCUCUCAGUGCAACUCUUGAUCACACAAACACUGAUGCUUUAAUUGAUAAUUCAGUACUACAAGAGUCCUUUGCCAAUGUGAACAUUAAAUCAGAAAAUGAAUUAAAUCCAAAUCUCUUUCAAUUUCCAUCGUGUUUUGUGAGCAAAUCAACCAUUGAAGUUCUUGAACUUGUGGGUACAAUUUUAGAGGAAGGUGUCGCUCAAGAGAAUGAGCUGCAUCAGUAUUACCUGUCAACAGCAAAGUCAGUGUUUGAAUUGUACAUAUGUGUUGUGCCUACUAUUCAUGAAAAGUUGUUGAGCACAAUUCCUCAACAAGUUGCUUUGUUCCACAACAACUGCAUGUACCUUGCUCAUCGUUUGGUGCUUCUUGGAUUUGAAGUUGAAGCCUCCCUGCGGAAUGUCCUUAAAGCUGAUGUGGCAAUUACUUUUGUUGAUUAUGUUCAGACUCUAAGACACCUUGGUACUAGCACAUACCUAAAACAUAUGCAACAGCAGAGGAAGCAAAUGUUAGACCUAGUGAAAGAGUCAGGGUUGGCUACUCUAGGAGAAAAUUCUGAGCUGUCGCCUGACACGGAGAGAACAUUACGUCAGUGUUUGCGCCAACUGGAAUUACUGCAGUCAGUAUGGCAAAAUGUGCUUCCUGGAAAUGUUUAUAGUAAAUCAAUUGGUGUUCUAGCUAAUGCAUUCAUUGAGGAGCUAGUAAUAAGAGUUUCAAGUGUUGAAGACAUACCUGCUAAUACAGCUGUUAAGCUGACUUCACUUUUCAAAAUGGUUCAAGAAAGAAUUCCAAAAUUAUUCCAAAAUGGUGAUGAAGUUGUUCUCUUUGUGAAGAGGUGGCUUCAGUUUCAAGAGCUUAUUAACAUUCUAAGUGCUAGCCUACGAGAAAUUGAAGAAAGAUGGGCAGACGGCAAAGGUCCACUUGCACAUGAAUUUACAACUGAGCAAGUGAAACAACUGAUUAGAGCAUUGUUCCAAAACACUCAAAGACGUGCGGAGGUUUUGGCCAAAAUUAAAUGAGUUUUUUUUACCUUUUUUGAAUAAAUUAUAUUUAUUAACUGA